AUGAAAAAGAGUCCAAAAGACGUCCGGAACGCAUUGGCGAACGGAGGGAGGAUCGUCCAUGAUCAUGUCAGCGGCAAGGGGACUGCGGAACGGGAAGAAAAGGACAACAGAAAUGCCGGAUCACACAAGGAAGUGAAGACACUGGACUCGUUGGCCAUAUCAUCGAGCCAUGAGCCGCCCAGUGACAUUUCAGAGGUUUCGAGUGAGGAGCUUGAGUCAGUCUAUACAAGUACAAAGCUCACUAAAACAUUAGCAGCACGCGGAGAAGCUGUAGAUGUGGUAGCGGGUGAAUCAACAGCAACAACUAAACUGAUGUUCCGCGCCACCACAGAAGGACCAGGACAUGAAAUCAGCCGAAACCUACUCAGCUGGAUGAUACAACGAUUUCGCACACUCGUUGGCGUCCCGCUCGAUGAGCCCCUCAACGGCCAACUUAUCCAACAGUCACCGGAUGAGUACGAAGACCUCACAGAGCAUGACUACUUGGAGGCGCUCGGGAUAGAAAGAUUGUAUGCUGCAUUGCUGAAUGCUCAUGAGAGCCCCGGACACCUCAUUCAUCUCGCACAUGCACUGGGGAGGGCCGCCAACGAGACAAACAUGUUGUCUGAUUCUAAGCCAGACACACCGGCCUUAGAACCCCUACCACCGACGAUGUUGCCGCUUCCCGGGACCGUGACAUCUGGUGAUGACCUCGCAAAUACUAAGGAUAUAUUUCCUUACGUUAUAGAAUAUCGCCGAGUUGAUAAUGUGGGUGCCACGAGUCACCGGUACAAACCUUUCAGCUCCAUUGGAUGGAAGGAGACGGACGACGAGGACGAUGACGACGACGAAUACAUGCCCUACAACCUUGAUCUUUAG